CCUCUCUCUCUCUCUCUCUCGGCAGCGUCAAAGAACAGAACAUUCUUUUCUGGUCUUUUUCAGUUGCUGGUGGGAGGUGCUGGAAGUUGUCACCUCUCUCUCUCUCUCUCUAAAUUUCUGUCUUUCUCUGUCUACAUUUCUCUCAUUAUCUUUCUUCCUUUCUUGAGCCACUUUAGCGCCUCCAUUUUUUCGCGCAAAGCUUUUGCAGCAAUCAAGCUCCCCUUGAAAGGUGAGGAGGGAGAAACUUUGAGAAGGAUGGAUCAUUAGGGCAUGUGUUUGUUUUGUUUGUGUUUGCUUCCUAUUUAACCCUACCUCUUCUCUGUACUUCCAUUCCACAUACAUCGAUCUCCCCUUUUACCUCACUUUCCUUAACUUCGGUUUUUUUUCAUGAUAUCCUCGGGAUCUGCUCUCUCUCUCUCUCUCUCUCCGUGGAUAGUUUUCAUGUGGGUACAACAGUUGCGGUUCAGUUCAAUUCCCGAGGGUCACUUCAAUCCUAUGCAUCUUUCUUGUUUGCUAUUUUCUUGUCCCCUUUCUGUCUGUUUUUCUUUGUCUGGUACUUCAGUUGGUUUGUAAAAGUUAAAAAAGGGUGACGAAAGAAAUCUUAAAGUCUUUUGGCUUUAAGCUGAUUGGUCGAUACGAGGUUGGACACAACCAGAUCGGAGGAGUUGUUACUUUGGACAGAAAGUGCUGUAAAAGAUUUUCAAGGUCUGAUCAAGUUCUUGGGAGAAAUAUGAAUGCGUUUUCACAUGUUCCUCCAGGCUUUAGAUUCCACCCGACAGAUGAAGAACUUGUUGAUUAUUAUCUGAGGAAAAAGAUGGCUUCUAAAAGGAUUGAUCUAGACGUCAUCAGAGAUGUUGAUCUUUACAAAAUUGAACCAUGGGAUCUUCAAGAACUAUGCAAACUUGGAACUGACGAUCAGAAUGAAUGGUAUUUCUUUAGCCAUAAAGAUAAGAAGUAUCCAACUGGGACUCGCACAAAUAGAGCUACAAAAGCAGGAUUCUGGAAAGCUACUGGAAGAGACAAGGCCAUUUACUCUAGGCAUAGCUUGAUUGGCAUGAGAAAAACUUUAGUAUUUUAUCAAGGACGAGCCCCUAAUGGCCAAAAGUCAGAUUGGAUCAUGCAUGAGUAUCGACUAGAAACAAACGAAAAUGGAACCUCUCAGGAAGAAGGAUGGGUUGUAUGCAGAGUGUUCAAGAAGCGAAUGACAGCAAUGAGGAAAGUGGGCGAGUAUGAGUCCCUUUAUAACUGGUACAAUGAACAGGUCUCAUUUGUGCCCGAACUUGAUUCCCCAAGGCGAGUUUCUCACCCCUUCAAUGCAUCCUACGCCCAGCACCACCACUAUCAUCACUGCAAGCAAGAGCCUGAUCAUCAUGAUCAGUUGCAAUAUAAUAUGCCUCAUCAUCAUCAUGAUCAUGCUUUCCUCCAGCUCCCACACCUAGAAAGCCCUAAACUUCCACAGUACUCAGCCACCAGCGUAAGUUGUAACUCAAAUAUAGUUCCCUAUGCUUGCUUUGAUAGGAACAGGACUGGAAGCGCUUUGCAGUCCUCGAACCUCACGCAAGAUCAAGAACAACAACACAUGAUGCAGAUCAAAGCUGGCCAUCAGCAGAACAUGAUCAAUUCAUCUUACUGUAAUAACGAGCAAGCGGUGGAACAGGUGAGUACUGCAGAUUGGCGUGUCCUUGACAAAUUUGUUGCAUCUCAGCUCAGCCAUGAUCAUCAGGAUUCUUCCAAGGACACGAAUCAUUCUAGUGCAGCUCAUGUCUUUCAUGUGGCUGAACAUAUGAACAUGUUAUCGGACAAUUAUCAUGACUCCAAAAGACCAGAAAUUACCGAGGAGUUUGCCUCCACAUCUGCCUCCAGUUGCCAAAUUGACAUGUGGAAGUGAAAACGUACGUACAAGAUCACGUAGAUGAUGAUGCAUGCAUACUAAUCUCAAUAGGGAGUACAGUUUGAAAAACGAUCCUGCAGACAUGUACAUAAUAAAACAAAACCGGUAUUGCUUUAGCUAUAUUUGGACUUUGGAUCGGUGGCGCCCUAGCUUUGUGUUGAAUAUUGAUACAGGGCAACUAGCUAGGUACGUAGACCAGAGUACAUAUACCUACGACAAAUAAAAUAUUAGUGCUUAAUCUACGUGAACUUAUGCUCGAGAUCAACUGUUGGAACUAUCUCCAAUAUCGGAGAAUAUUGAAUAUUGUAAUUUCCCUUAAUAUUAUUACAAAUAUGAGCUUAAUCUGCAUGAUCUGCAUGGGAAGGUUUAUUAAUUUAUAUGUAACUCUUGCCUUAUUAUGUAACAGGGCAAGCAUCUUAAUUUAUGCAAGAAGUAUUUAUA